UCCCCUGGCAGAUCUCUAACCUCGGCAAAGUGAUGUCGGUCGUGCAGACCAAGCCGGUGCAGACCUCGGCCGUGACCGGCCAGGCGUCCAGCGGCCCCGUCACCCAGAUCAUCCAGACCAAGGGCCCCCUGCCGGCGGGCACCAUCCUGAAGCUGGUGACGUCAGCGGACGGGAAGCCCACCACCAUCAUCACCACCACGCAGGCGGGUGGCGCCGGCCCCAAGCCCACCAUCCUGGGCAUCAGCAGCGUCUCGCCCAGCACCACCAAGCCGGGCACCACCACCAUCAUCAAAACCAUCCCCAUGUCGGCCAUCAUCACCCAGUCCGGGGCCACGGGUGUGACCAGCAGCCCUGGGAUCAAGUCCCCCAUCACCAUCAUCACCACCAAGGUCAUGACCUCAGGCACGGGCGCCCCCGCCAAGAUCAUCACGGCAGUGCCCAAGCUGGGAACGGCCCACGGGCAGCAGGGCGUCACGCAGGUGGUCCUGAAGGGCGCGCCUGGCCAGCCCGGCACCAUCCUGCGCACCGUGCCCAUGGGCGGCGUGCGGCUGGUCACGCCCGUCACCGUCUCCGCCGUCAAGCCCACCGUCACCACGCUGGUGGUGAAAGGAACCACGGGUGUCACCACCUUGGGCACCGUGACGGGCACCGUCUCCACCAGCCUGGCCGGCGCAGGGGGCCACAGCACCAAUGCCUCCCUGGCCACGCCCAUCACCACGCUGGGAACCAUCGCCACCCUGUCGAGCCAGGUGAUCAACCCGGCCGCCAUCACCGUCUCCGCCGCGCAGACCACCAUGACAGCCGCCAGCGGGCUGGGCACACCCACCAUCACCAUGCAGCCCGUCUCCCAGCCCACGCAGGUGACGCUGAUCACGACGCCCAGCGGGGUGGAUGCUCAGCCGGUGCAUGACCUGCCAGUCUCCAUCCUGGCCUCGCCCACCACGGAGCAGCCCACGGCCACGGUGACCAUCGCCGACGUGGGGCAGGGCGACCCGCAGCCCGGCACCGUCACCCUGGUGUGCUCCAACCCGCCCUGCGAGACCCAUGAGACCGGCACCACCAACACUGCCACCGCCACCGUCGUGGCCAACGUGGGCGGCCUGACCCAGCCUGUGCACUUUGUGUGCGAGGGCCAGGAGACCGGGCAGCCCAACGGCGGGUUAGUGCGCGUCUGUUCCAACCCCCCGUGUGAGACGCACGAGACGGGCACCACCCACACGGCCACCACUGCCACAUCCAGCAUGGGCGCCGGACGAGUGUGCAGCAACCCCCCAUGCGAGACACACGAGACGGGCACCACCCACACGGCCACCACGGCCACGUCCAGCAUGGGUGCUGGACGAGUGUGCACCAACCCCCCAUGCGAGACGCACGAGACGGGCACCACCAACACAGCCACCACGGCCACGUCCAGCAUGGGUGCCGAACGAGCGUGCAGCAAUCCCCUGUGUGAGACGCACGAGACGGGCACCACCAACACAGCUACCACGGCCCGGUCGUUCAUGGGGCGGGGGCAAGCGGAUGGCAGCCUGGUAGCCCCGCCCAACCCGCCGUGCCAAACGCAGCACACCAGUGCCACCGGCACCACGAUGUCGGCAAAAGCCGGUGUGCCCACAGAGCAGCCGUGCAGCACCAGGAUGGCAAAUCCACCCCCGGCGGUGCCUGGCACCAACGCACAAUCCCCGGCGCCGGCUGGCCGGCCCUGUGAGGCUCACCAGACCCACACCACCAACACCGCCACCACGGCCCGGUCGCUCAUGGGCCGGGGGCAGCCGGAUGGUGGGCCGGGGGCAGCCGAGGGCCCCCCGUGCCAAACCCAACAGACUUGUGCCACUCACACAACCAUGUCGGCCAAAGCGGACGUGCCCACAGAGCAGCCAUGCAGCGUGAGGAUGGUUGCGCCGGACACGGAGGCCGGUCAGCGAGCGCAUGUCAAUGACUCUUGUGAAACGGGCACCACGGCCACGUCGAGCUUGGGCACCAGGCGAGCGUGCACGGAGCCCCCAUGCGAGACCCACGAGACAGGCACCACCACCACAGUCACGUCGAACAUUGGCGCCGGGCGAGUGUGCAGCAACCCCCCUUGCGAGACCCACGAGACAGGCACCACCACCACAGCCACGUCGAACAUGGACGCCGGGCGAGCAUGCAGCAACCCCUCGUGCGAGACACACGAGAUGGGCACCACCACCACAGCCACGUCGAGCAUGGGCACCAGGCAACCGUGCACAGAGCCCCCGUGCGAGACCCACAAGACAGGCACCACUACCACAGCCAUGUCGAACAUGGGCACUGGGCGAGCAUGCAGCAAUCUCCUGUGUGAGACGGGCACAACUAACACGGCGACCACUGCCACAUCCAGCAUGGGCGCCGGGCAAGUGUGCAGCAACCCCCCGUGCGAGAC